AUGGAACUACUUUCGAAACGUUCUUCGAGCAGCAGAAUAUCGACCUUGAAAAGGUCGAGAUCCUUCCGAGCGUCUAUGAAACUGAUGUCAAAGAUACGCAAUCAUGCCAAUCUGCGAUUGACCGCUGGCUUCGAUCUCUCAUCUGUCUCAAAAGAUCUCGUCGUUAAGAAGGGAUGCAACUUAUCUGUCCUUGAAGAAUUUCAAGACGGUGAGAAGAGUGUACGAAAAGGUUCUGAGGAUAUGAAUUCUUGCAUCAUGAAUAAAAUCGAUAAUGAGGCAUCUUCAAGUCCUCGGAAGAUCUCGGUAUCAAAUCUCGAUGCGGAUUCGCGAGAAAUUACAAAGGAUCUAAAGAGUAAGCUGUUUCUAACUGAUAGGCUAAUGGGUACGGAUCGUAAGAACGUGGAGAGACCCUGGAUGAAGGACGAAGAUGUAAAAUUACCGAAGCUUAUUCACAUUUUUCGCAGGAGACAUAGCAUAGGAAGUUCGCAAGAAGAUACUCGAGAGAAAGACUGUAGUGACAAACAUGAGUCCUGUGAAACAAACACAGAUGGACUUAAUAAAUACGCAUUUUAUGAGAAUCCUACAUUCGUGCUAGACGGUUCCUUGGAUUCCUCCGUCUCGAGCUUCCUCUAUGAAGUCGGAGAAGGGAACGAGAUGAAACAAAUGCAAAAACAAGAUGAACGCGCUGCGUCAUCCAAAUGCAAUGUCUUGACCGUCGUCGUGGAUUCCCACAAGACCCCAAUUAACCGGCCCUUCUGUAAAACGAAUUACGACCAAAACAAAGAUAAGGACGAAGAAUACCUCGAAAAACCAUCACAAAACACAUUUCUUUCUAGAUGUGAGACCGAGCCUUUGAGACGUUCUUGCGAAAUGAGAAGCAACAACUCGCAUGCGAUAAACAUCAUAAAUGGAAAUCGAAGGACGACCGAAUCAUUGAGUGAGUUUGAUCGCCUAAGGAUUAAAUUUUAUUGCAAGAUACACGAGAUGGAAAGAAAAAAUGCAACAAUCUGCCUACAGAAUCAGAAAAUUCACGACGACGCUAAAAUAUAUCCUUCAAAGUCCUGUAAAGGCAGAACGGUAGAUAAUAUCACAAACUUUUGGACAAAUAGACGUGGUAAUAGUUUUCGAAAUAAAAUGACGACUGGUAGAAAAAGAGACAUGAAGGAAAUGAAGAAUUACGAGCGAAUUGGUCAGGAGCGAGUUUUCGUGUCGACCUCAUCAGGAUCAAAGUUCCACUCGUUGCAAGGGAUGGAGUUCCUAGAAGGUUUCGGCAAGAAGAAACAUCAGCCCCACCAACUAAAUAAUCUAUCGUCAAUACAUAUCAAUCCCCUCUCGGCCCAAUCACUCAACAUACACCUGCAUGCUCUAUUUGCGGCUGUGGAACAUGGUCACUUGGAUAAAGCCAGGACUAUUUUGGAGUCUACAGAUGUAAACAUAAAUAGCUAA